AUGUCGAAGAUAAAAUUCGGUGCUUUUCCCGCAAAGCAUCAGAGUCCGAAUAAGAAGGGAAUGGUGUUUGCCCCGAACCCGCUGUCUCUCACCGUACCCGAACCCGAAUUCGAAUCGUGGCUCCGGGAUUCCGGCUACCUUGAAAUCCUCGACCAGCGAACCACCGACCUCCACCGCCUCACCGCGGCGGCGGAGGCGGAGGCGGCCGCCUCCAAACCUGCCAGUUCCUCGGCCGCCGCCAAUUCAAUCGCUCAUAUCGGAGUGUAUUUCGUCUCGCAACUCUUUUCCCGAAUCUGGACUCUUCUGUCGCUCCUGACGUUCAACCCUUUCUCGAAGCUUACUACCGAGGAUUUCUCCGGCGAUACUCCGCCUUGGGCGCCGGUCUUCUUCGGGUCCUUGGAAUCGUAUUCGUUCCCCUCUUCGGCUUCGCAGGCUCGCCUCCGUGUCCAUGAGAACAUCAAGCGCUAUGCACGCAAUUACGCCUCGCUCUUCGUCUUGUUCUUCGCUUGCUCUCUGUAUCAAUUGCCUGCUGCUCUUUGUGGUCUUAUUCUAUGCUUGGCGCUGUGGGAAAUCUUCAAGUUCGGUGCUGAUCGGUGGGGGCUGGACAGAUAUCCUGUGAUACGACAGACUCUGAUUCGUUUGGCUCAAUGUGUCACUGCAGUCAUCCUGCUUACUUCCAAUAUCCAGUUGGCCAUCUUUUUGACACUCGGCGUCAGCUAUGCAGUUAUACUAUUACAUGCCUCAUUUCGAAAGCUGACCACUGUAAAGCAACCUACUGCUAAGAGAUAAGGAGAGAGUCAAUAUUUUCGUCAUUGCUUUCUACUGCCAAAGGGCUUGAGGGGUAUGAGUUCUCGCUAUAUACAGUCAACCUGCAGAUGAUAUAUGAUUUGUGAAGCUUAUCUAGAGAUAAUUCACUGUUUCUUAAUACUAAUUCUGAAUAAAAUGUUUUUCUGUUUGCUUCA